GGCAGCUCGGCUGCGAGCCGCCGCUGCCACCCGCCCCAGCCCAGGCUGGGGGGAAAAAGCCUGCGGGGGUGGAUGCCCCUGCGCUGGGGCGGGCAGCGCGUUGAGGAGGGGCAGGGGCAAAGGCUGGGCAGCAGAAGGAGAGGAGGAUGGAGAGGAUGGAGCCCCCCGCGCCCUUCCUGGACUCGGGAGGGGUCGAGCUGGCCGCGCCCGCCAGCCUGGCACCUACCCCGGCUCCCUUGGCCCCGGUGCCAACCAUGCCAACGGUGCCACCCUCCUCCGGGGGUCCCUUGCGGGCACCCCCCGCCCUGGCAGCCUUACACCCGGCUUCUCGCCACGGCAGCCAGCCCAACGUCAGCGGCGAGCCGGCUUGGGCGGCUCCGGGCCAUUCGCCCAGCUCCAGCGGCGGUGCCCCGGCGGCGACGGCGGGCAAGCACCGGCAAGCCAGCCCGCUGGCACACCGUCGCGACAGCAACCCCUUCACGGAGAUCGCCAUGAGCUCGUGCAAGUACAGCGGCGGCGUCAUGAAGCCCUUAAGCCGGCUCAGCGCUUCCCGUCGGAACCUGGUAGAUGCCACCGGUUCGGCGGCCGGUGCCGAGCCGGGCGAGGCGGCUCAAGCGCUGCACCUCUUGGCGUCCGGGGCUCCCCCGCCGGAGAUCGUCAUCUCCCGGGAAGGCAACCAUCAUCACCACGCCGCCAACACGGGCGGGGGUCCCGGCCACAAGCCCCCCGCCGCCUCCUCCGCCGCCUCCUCGGCUUCGGCUGCCUCCGCCGCCGCCGGGCCACCCCCUUCGGCCAAGGCGCCCAAGCGCAAGAAUCAGAACAUCGGCUACCGGCUCGGCCACCGGCGCGCCCUUUUCGAGAAGCGCAAGCGGCUGAGCGACUACGCGCUGAUCUUCGGCAUGUUCGGCAUCGUGGUGAUGGUCAUUGAGACGGAGCUCUCCUGGGGGCUGUACUCCAAGGGUUCUAUGUUCUCCCUGGCCUUGAAAUGCCUCAUUAGCCUUUCCACAGCCAUUUUACUGGGGCUCAUCAUCGCGUAUCACACGCGGGAAGUCCAGCUCUUCGUGAUCGACAACGGGGCCGACGACUGGCGGAUCGCCAUGACCUACGAACGGAUCCUCUACAUCACUUUGGAAAUGGUGGUUUGCGCCGUGCACCCCAUCCCCGGGGAGUACAAGUUCUUUUGGACGGCCCGGCUGGCUUUCUCGUACACGCCUUCCCGCGCGGAGGCCGACGUAGACAUUAUCCUCUCCAUCCCCAUGUUCCUCCGCCUCUAUCUCAUCGCCCGGGUCAUGCUCCUUCACAGCAAGCUCUUCACCGACGCCUCGUCCCGCAGCAUCGGGGCCCUCAACAAGAUCAACUUCAACACUCGCUUCGUCAUGAAAACGUUGAUGACCAUCUGCCCCGGCACGGUGCUUCUAGUCUUCAGCAUCUCCCUCUGGAUUAUCGCCGCCUGGACCGUACGGGUUUGCGAGAGGUAUCACGACCAACAGGAUGUGACCAGCAACUUCCUUGGCGCUAUGUGGCUUAUUUCCAUCACCUUCCUCUCCAUCGGCUACGGUGACAUGGUCCCACAUACCUAUUGCGGCAAAGGCGUCUGCCUGCUCACGGGGAUCAUGUUCGUCCUGCUGAAGCAGAGCGGGCCGUCGCACGAGCCGCGGUUUAAAUUCCAAGCCAAGAUUGACACCCGUCACUUCCCUCCGGCCGAAGCGGGCAGCAAAAAACUAGCCAAGCAGGAGGCAGCAGCCAUCGCCAUGAAAAUUCUUCUCCACGAAGCCCAGCACGAGGGGGAAGACAUCAUGGGGCCCGAGACCUCCCUGUAUGAGGACACCUCCCUUGGGGAGGAAGAGACGCCUGACCAGGCAGACCCCGAAGCCUCAUCCACCCCCCCACAGCCAAACCUCGUGUGUGGGAAGAACCCCAUCAGCGCCUUGAUGGAAUACGCCCAGAAGCUGGGGAGCGUGUGCGAAUUUAAGAUGCUCUCCCAGGAGGGACCGGCUCACGAUCCAAAAUUUCGAUAUUGCGUCAAGGUGGGCGAACGCAUCUUCCCCGCCGUGGUCUCGAACAGCAAGAAGGGAGCGAAGCAAAUGGCCGCUGAGGCAGCCAUGAGAGGGCUGAGUGGCGAAACCACCAGCUCACCUGCGCAGGUAGAAGCCCCGUCUGAGCCCACGCUGGAUGUACAAGGUAGCCAGCUGGCCAAUCCGGAGGAGUCCAGGACGGUCAGCGCCAAAGGCGUCGGCGAGUUGAUCAAGUACCUGAAUACGAAUCCGGUCAGCGGACUUCUAGAGUACGCCCGAGCCAACGGCUUCGCCGCCGAAUUCAAACUCAUCAACCAGACCGGACCUCCCCACGACCCCAAGUUCGUCUUCCAGGCGAAAGUGGGCGGCCGCUGGUUCCUGCCGGUCUCGGCGCACAGCAAAAAGCAAGGAAAGCAGGAAGCGGCGGAUGCGGCGCUCCGAGUUCUCAUCGGGGAGAAAGAGAAGUCCGAGCACGCGGCCGAAGGGCUGGGCAUCACAGAGCUGCCGGUCAGCGGAAGCACCCUACACGACCAGAUCGCCAUGCUGAGCCACCAGCGGUUCAACGCCCUGACCGCCCGCAUCCAGCACAGCCUUCUGGGACGCAAGAUCCUGGCCGCCAUCAUCAUGAGGAGGGGCCAGGAGGGGCUGGGGGUCGUGGUCAGCAUCGGGACAGGGAACCGCUGUGUGAAAGGGGAGGAGCUGAGCUUGAAAGGGGAGACGGUGAAUGACUGCCACGCGGAGAUCAUCUCCCGGAGGGGAUUCGUCAGGUUCUUGUACAAUGAGCUGAUGAACUUUGACCCCUUGGCGCCGGAAGAAAGCAUCUUUCAGCUGGCGGAAGACAGGAAGCUGAAGAUCAAAGAUGACGUCAGCUUUCACCUGUACAUCAGCACGGCGCCUUGCGGGGACGGCGCACUCUUCGACAAGUCCUGCAGCGAGCAGGCCAACACAGCCGGGGAGGACCAGCACCAGCCCCUCUUUGAGACCCCCAGGCAAGGGAAGCUUCGCACCAAGGUGGAAAACGGAGAGGGCACCAUCCCGGUGGAGUCAAGCGACAUCGUGCCAACCUGGGACGGCAUCCAGCACGGAGAACGUCUGCGCACCAUGUCGUGCAGCGACAAAAUCCUGCGCUGGAAUGUGCUCGGCUUACAAGGCGCCUUGUUGUCCCACUUCAUACAUCCGGUCUACCUUCGCUCAGUCACACUUGGUUACUUAUACAGCCAAGGGCAUUUGACCCGCGCCAUUUGCUGCCGGAUGUCCAGAGACGGCAGCACCUUCGCGUCGAGGCUUCCCGCGCCCUAUUUGGUCAAUCACCCCGAGGUCGGCCGCGUCAGUGUCUACGACUCCGCGCGGCAGACGGGGAAGACCAAGGAAUCCAGCAUCAAUUGGUCUCUCCCGGACGGCACCAACGUCGAAGUCCUGGAUGGCACGAAAGGCAAAGUGGAUGGGCCCAAACUGGAUGUUUCCCGCGUCUCCAAGCAGUCCCUCUUCCAACUCUUCCGGCAGCUUUGCGUCAAGAUGGUCAGGGAAGACCUGAAGAAGUUCGCCGCCUACUCGGAGGCCAAAGAGUCGGCAACCGACUACCAGAGUGCCAAGCAGCAGUUCUUCUGGGGCCUCCAGGAAAUGGGCUACGGGAGCUGGAUCUGCAAACCCCAGGAGGAGAAGACCUUCCUCCUGCCGGAGCCCUCUACCCCUCCCUCCCCGUGAUAGAUAGAGAGAUAUAAUUCCCACCCACCCCUUCUUUUUUUUCCCAGUUUUUAUUUUCUGCAGAAGCCA